AUGGACAAAGAGCAGAAUCUAAUGGACGUAGAUGUAGAUUUGGAUACGCCUCUGAGUGGGCCGCGCGCGCUGCAAGAGCUCGAGAUAGCGACGAAUAAUUGUCGGCAGGCUCUAAAGCAGAGUCAGAAGAGUUAUGACAAACUACUAGCAAAGUAUAACACGCUGAAGAGUAGGUGCAAUGGUAGUAAGGCCCUUGAGAAUGCCUCCAUCAACGAGGGAGGGAUAGGUGGCUAUGUCACCGUGCUCAUCGAUGCACACAGUCACAGGUUCAAGGGAAACCUUAUGCAAGGCACAGAGAGCGGCGGUACUCAAACGGCAAAGUUACUUCGGGAGGCCGUCGCAAAAUACGUCGCGGAUCUUCGUCUAGGAGAACACAUAUACCACAUCAAUGCUCGCGUAUACGCCAACUUGAAGAAUCUUUCGCUCGAGGUCGAAGAUGAAUACGAGUACCAGAGUUCGUACUUCAAAAAGCCCAACUUUCUGCGCAAUCUGUGUGCAUUUGCGGCAGGCUUCUCUGACGAAGAAGUCUUCUUCGACUUCGUGGACGUUGUUGGCCAGGAGGCGGUUGAGAGGAAGAUCAUAGAACUCCUCAAAUCUAAUGUCAAAGACCCACAAUGCAAGCAUGUUCUCUUCGGUGCAAGCGGCAGCACGAAAUACGUGCGCGUCUUGCAGACCCAUUCCAUGUUCGCUGAGAAAAUCACGCUCAUUCAGAGAGGUGCCAUGGAUACUAGUCUCACGGGCCUGGGGUUUAAGGGUCUAGCAUUCUCGCAAGUCUUUGACACUCUUGGUGGAAGUGGUUCCACUAUUUAUGAAGGCUGCCAUGGCAAAGACACUAAGACCAAGUACAAUCGCGCCAACCAUGUCUUGGAGAAAACCUCCAUAGCAUUGGAAACUCCACCGAAUGCUUCCCUGACUUUGACCUCCCGACUGCCUACUCAACGCAAGAUAGAGAGCAUUCCCGCUAAUAGGGCUGGCCAUCGCAUCGACACCUACAUUACCCCACCAACCGCCGCCCAAUGGGCUCUCUAUAAAGCUCGGGUUAGUAUCAAGAACCUAUGCAGUGAUUUUCACCUAGCUCGUGCCUGCUACAACGAGCCUUGUCGGUACGAUCAUAAGCCCAUCAGCUCUGACGUAUCUUAUUGCCUUAAGUACACGCUGAAGCAAAUUCCGUGUAGGAAGAAGGGAGCAUGCCGUCGCGGAGACUGCUUUAUGGGUCAUAUUUGCCAAAAUAGGGCGUGUGCACAAGGAAAAUCAUCAUUCUGCAGAUUCAGACUCGAUGUGCAUCACAUGGACCUCGAAGUAGCUAAUUGGGUUGAGCUAAAGGAGGAAAAACGCAAGCUCGAUGGUCAAAAAGAUUGUAACCAAAGCUCAAAAGAGUCGAAGGGGUCAUGGACUACGCCUACUGGGCUGCUGAUCGAUCUAUGA